AAACACAAGUAGUUUUCUUUCAAAAGGCAGCGGUGACGCACUUCCACUGACGCAAAAUCGCCGUGCUGACUACAGGAAAGCUUCCUCAUCAUUUAAUUCUUUACAGCUGUUUCGGGCUCUUGGCAUUAGGCUCACCGACUUGCGGGGAGAAGAAGGUGUUGGCAUACCGUCCAGUUGUUCUCCGGUUCCCGUGUCACCGCGUUGUCUGCAGAGGCUCGACUGAGGGCGCGAUGGAUUUGCCGGCUGUACUUUGUCACCCGGUCUGGGCCCUGCUCAGCGGGGUGCUCGUGCUCGUUGUGCGCAGGCAGCGCAGAGGGCCCUGGGAUCCACGAGACUGCUCCGUGCAGCUAAAAGGGAAAACCGCUAUAGUGACAGGAGCCAAUACGGGGAUUGGAAAGUUCAUUGCCAUGGACUUUGCACACCGGGGGGCUCGUGUUAUUAUGGCCUGUCGAAGCGAAGCUCGGGGGACAGCGGCACUUGAUGAAAUCAGGGAGAAGACCGGGAACUCUGACGUCCACCUGCGCCUGGUGGACCUCUCUUCUCUGGAGUCUGUCAGGGAAUUUGCCAGCGGGAUCAUUGCCGAGGAGAAAGCUCUCCACGUCCUCGUCAACAAUGCAGGAGUGUCAGGUUUACCGAGGCAGAUAACCAAAGAUGGUUUGGAGUGUUCUUUUGCCACCAACCACCUGGGACCAUUUCUCCUCACCAACCUGCUGCUGGACCUGAUGAAGCGUUCAGCGCCAGGGCGUAUCGUCAACGUGAGCUCUGUCAACCAUAAGAAGGGUCAAGUGGACUUUUCUCAUUUUCGGGGCGAGAACCUCACUUACCACAUGGAUAAUGUUUACAACCACACAAAGCUGCACAGUAUCAUCUGUACGAAGGAGCUAGCGCGCAGGCUCGAAGGGACAGGUGUCACGGCAAACUCUGUCCACCCCGGUAUUGUCAAGACAGAAGUGAUGAGACAUUAUCCAUUCUUGGUUCGUUUUGUUUUCCAGCUGAUUGGAUGCUUCUUCUUCAUGUCUCCAGAGGAGGGUGCAACCAGCUCAAUCUACUGUGCAGUAGCAGAGGAAAUGGAGGGGAUAACUGGGAAGUACUGCGACAGCGACUGCCACCUGGUCCUCCCCGCCCCUUUAGCUCGAGACGCUGCCCUGGCGGUCAAAGAUUUUGAGAUCAGCGAGAGGGUGACAUCCAAGCUCUGAAAGGACUAUCGAGAUAACGGAGGUUUGAUAACAGAAAAGGGGUCGAAUUCCACCCUGCUGCUGCACUACUUGAGUGAGAAGGUCCAACACAAUGAGUGGUGUUUAUGCAUAAUGUCUUGGAUAUUUGGAAAGCUUUAAUCGACUCAUAUCAGCCGUCGUGGUGUCAAAGUAAUUUUAGCUCAUAAAAAUGGUAUGUUUAUGUUUUUGUAGGAAAUAUUCAGGCACAUGAAUGAGUGAGCUUCCUGAGACAUGCUGACACCCUGUGGCCAACUCUUGCUUCUUCAGAAAUAACAACAGAGGUUCCAGUGUGUCCCAUAAUCACUUCCCUUUAUUCACUUGAUUUUCUGUAAACCCACAAUAAAACAUUUAGACAAUCA